CAGUUGUCUUUGCAGAGAGAUUCUUUUCAUGUAAACUGUUUUAAGCUGUUUCUGUGCGUGAUGUUAAGUGUGUGUGCAGGUCUGAAAGAGUCUGUGUUGCGCGUGGCUUCAUUCCGUGCGCGAGACAGGGAUUUAACGGAGGGGGUGUGUUUAUCGGAAAUUGAGAUUCUCUCUUUCUCUCUCUGUGAGUGCGUGUGUGUACGCGUGCGUGCGUACGUGUGUGUACAGACGGGAAUACUGCGCCAGAGGAAGUGCGCCGGUUCUCCGUCUGCGCGUCCCGACUUCCUGCUCUGGGGAGGGAGAGAGAAAAGCUCCGGAUCCGCUUUCAGACAUCAGCAGCGGCAGCGGCAUGGAGCCCCAACACAACACACACUCCCCGCUUUAAGACAAAAACACGCACACACACACGUACACGUCUCUCACGGGCAGACGGACAGAAGAACAGCCGCCGUCCACCGUCGGAUUGCUUGUGUCUCUGGUGUCAUCCCGUCAUGGAGAGCUCCAUCACCCUCUGGCAGUUCCUGCUGCAGCUUCUGCUCGACCAGAGCCACAAACACCUCAUCCGCUGGACGUCCAACGACGGCGAGUUCAAGCUGCUCAAGUCAGAAGAUGUGGCCAAGCUGUGGGGGCUGCGCAAGAACAAGACCAACAUGAACUAUGACAAGCUGAGCAGAGCCCUGCGCUACUACUACGACAAGAACAUCAUCAAGAAAGUGAUCGGCCAGAAGUUUGUCUACAAAUUUGUGUCGUUCCCUGAGAUUCUGAAGAUGGACCCUGCGAUGGUGGAGUCUGGCCGUUGCAGCGAGGAAAGUGCCACGUCGGAGCCGGACGCUGAAGACGAGGACGCGAGCGGCAGAAAUGAAUACCUCCACUCGGGCCUGUACUCCUCCUUCACGGUCAGCUCCCUGCAGCACUCCCUGGAACCCAACCGGCCGAUCAAGAUGGAGCCCCGAUCCGGUCGCCACGACGACAGCUCUUCGGUCAUCCGGUUCGUGAAUAACCGUGGUCACUCCUCCCUCCCCUCCACCCCACCCCCAUCCUCGAGAGACACCUCACACUCCUCCAGGCCGUCUCCCGGGCAGGCCCGCUCGCCCGCCUGCUCCACCUCUCCGCAACAAAGCCCGACCCACGCGUACUGGAGGGGGCGGAGCCAGAGCACAGAUACUGAUGAGUCGGAGCAGACCGCUCAACCUUUAAACCUGUCUUCAGGUCAGAGGGAAAGGGAGAGGUCACAGAGCACCACCACGCCAGAGAGGAGGGGCUUGGCCAAUGGUGGGCCUUCGAAGAGCAGGAAGCCCAAAGGCUUAGAAAUCUCUGCCUCCUCCCUCCUGCUGACAGGAAGUGACCUUGUCUCCAUCGCCCUCAACAGCCCGGCUCUACCUUCAGGGUCCCUGACCCCGGCUUUCCUCACCGCACAGACUCCGUCUGGUCUGCUGCUCACACCCAGUCCUCUGCUCUCCAAUAUCCAUUUCUGGUCCAGUCUGAGCCCGGUGGGACCCCUCAGCCCUGCACAGCUCCAGAGCCACGCCUCCCUCUUCCAGUUUCCCUCUCUGUUAAACGGACACAUCCCAAUGCCUUUCUCCAGCAUGGACUCUCCCCUGCUGUUGUCCCCCGGCUCCCACAAGUCCUGAUGUCAGCCCCAUUAAAGAGAGCUGGGCCGAACCAGACUGAGUGGGUCCAGAUCAGGACUAAGCCAGUCAGCUUAGAGGAACAUCAUUACUGGAGACAGGCUUCCCCUGAGUCUGAUUACACUUUGAUUUGAAACCAGGUUCUUUAUGGUUAUCACGUAAAGACACGGGAGCUUCAGUAUUUUGCAUUCAAGCUUUCUUUGUGUUUACCACAGUUAAACUGCUCAUGUUCAUUUCAUUGAUGUUUUAAUGUUUUCUUCUUUUAAGGAUGUAAAAUACUCUGAAUUUAUUUUAAUGCAAAAAGAAGAAUUAACUGGAGGUUGCACAUCUCCCCUCAUGUUCUCUCAUCUCGCUCCACUUGGUUUAGGUUUAAGAGUCACGGACUGUUAUUGCAGUCUGCUGCAAUUUUAUGAAUUUUUAGUUCUGCCCUGACUCAAACAAUGGAGAUCUUGGGAAAUCCUCAUCAGAAACUAUCACACCUCACAGAGACAGACUUUAUAAGUUUACUAAAGAAUGUCAUUAACCUAAGAGACCUUAGUGCAGCUUCGAGGCCUGACAAUAUUCUAGAGAAUCACAUGAGUUCUCAUAACAAGCAAAUAUUGAAAACUGUGUAGAGAAAAGAAAACUCCCUCGAUACCUAGAAGAAACUUCUAAAACUAGAUUUAAAGUGGACGGGUGAGAGAGGAGGAGAGGAGGAGAUAAGAGAGAGACAAGGAACAGUUGUGUAACCCUCAUAUUUGAGUUCUGUCUGACUGGCUGAUAUGAUGAAAACGAUUAGAGUUAUAUUCAUAGAUGUAAUAAUGUUGUUCUUGAUAGCAGCACCAGAUAAUCUUGACUAGACCCUAUUAUUAUAAUAAUAGUUUAUUUAGAAGUGCGCAGUGCAUGAUGGGAGUUCCCCCCAGCAGUCUAGCCUUAUAGCAGCAUAACUAAGGGAUGGUUCAGGAUUCACCUUAUCCAGAACUAACUAGAGGCUUUAUCAAAAAGGAACAUUUUAAGUGCAACCUUUAAAUGUUGAGAUGUUAGUUCCACAGGAGAGGAGCCUGGUCGCUGAGGGCUCUACAGGAAAUACGUUAAAAUCUAAAUCUAAGACUUGAUGACCAAAUAUCUAUCAGGAAAAACCUGUGUAAGGAAAACAGAGUUUUACUGAGGACUGAAUGUUAUUUUGUCAAAUUCAAGGUGAUGCCAAGAAGUAGUUCAGCUCCUAACCACGCCAAAACCACACCAUGUCAAUUUUACACUUUGGUCUUUGUAGGGAUUAAACAAACAGGCAAUGACACAUUAACUAGUGAAAGUUACACGUGCAGGUAAGCACUUGUUGGGCUGUUUUCACCUGCUUCAUGUUUCCAAAUAUAAAAUCCAGAACUGGGACCGUAACUGGAUGAUUCAACGCUACAGGCUUCAUAGGCCUGUAAAGAGACCUUGCUACGACUGCUAGCAAGUCAAGUUUUUUUUACCCCUGUGCUUAGUUUCAAUAGACCACAUCUAUUGCUAGUUAUUUAAUAGUAACAAAUUGGACAUGUGGACACAAGAGAGGACACCCUCACCGACUCCUAGCAGAGCAGCUGCUGGCCGGAGCGGUCUUUUUGCAUUGCUUUGACAAGUUGACUUGACGCUGUGAACUUAACUUCAGCUGCAGUUUCAUGCUUUUGUUUUUAAUGCACUGUUUUGUUUGUACCAGCUGUGCCUUUCUAUAUUGUAAGAUGUAUGUAAAUGUAUUAGGCUUUAAAACAAGGUGGUAACAGACAUUCCAGGUCAAAAUUGCACAGAAGUGUCCUUUUUUGUAAAAUGGGUCCUGGUUAUUUUUAUAAAGAGAUGAAUGGAAGUGUAUUCUCAUGAUUUGUUUGCUUGGGAGAAAUGUUUUUUUGAAAAUAAAAUUGACUUUUCAGAGA